CUUCAAGCAACAGGAACGCCAUCCUCACGCCCGCUGCCGACGAGCCGUGUCUGUCGUCGGUGUCGCCCCGUCUCACUCGUUCGUUUGAAUCGCAAAAGUCGGCGACAUCGCGCCCCGGGCCGCCUACAUUCACUCGACAGCGCGUUGGCGGCAGUCGCAGACGUCCGCCCCUGCCCCGGCGACGACCAACGCGACUACGGCGCUCUGACUGCACUUUCUGGCGCUGCUUGGACGACGGACGCUAUACCACGCCGCAUCUUCACUGCAUCGACACGCGACGCGCUUUCACCCCCCACGACGCGCCCAGCUACCACACAACAUCGCCAGCACCGACCCGCCCGCCGCCCGCCGCACGCCCAACCGAUGCAAUAGAGGCAGCGACCCUGGCGUACUUUGCGUCCAAGCUGGCCGCGGCCGUCUCCUUCGCCAUGGCGGAGCCCGGCAGGCUCAUGGGCCAAACAGCAGACCCCAACCUGGACGACGCAGACGCAGACGGCGACUAUGACAUGGACGAUGUCGACGAGGAGCACACGCCUGCCGACGACAACGGCCCGGACACGUCCACCCACACCCUCGAUGCGGAAGGCUCGACCAUCGACGCGGAGGGCGACGACGUGGACGCCGAGGGCGAAGAGGUCGACGACUACGACGACGAGGCUGAGCCUGUGGGCGCCGUCAAGAUACGCGCAUCCUCCGACGACAACGAGGACGAGGACGCCUUCUCGGAUGCCAAGACCAGCGACAGCGAGCACACCGACGCCAGCAGCUCCGAGUCUGAAGAGGAGAACCAGUGGCAGGCCGAGAGCGAAGAUGGCGAGGAGGCUGAGGUUGCUAGGACCGACCCCAACGUCUGCAUAUACUGCAACCAGGACGAGGAGCACGACCCAAGUCCGGAGUUCGAGGAGUAUCUCGCUUGCAUAGUGUGUGGAGAUAAUGCACAUCGGCAGUGCGCCCGCGACGCUAACACGCUUAGCCCCGACGAUGAUGCAACGCAUUGGCGAUGCACGGCCUGCAUACAGUACGACCUCCACGAAGAUGAAGCUGGAGCAGAAAAAGCAGCCGAAGAAGAAGAUGACGACGACGAGGAAGACGAAGAAGAGGGAGAGGAAGAAGAAGGCGCACCCUCUGUUUCAGCAUCACUCGCGUCACUCACUCGCCGUAGGCUCUCAUCCGUGCCCAAGCUUGCUAGGGACUUGCUUCCUUCGCACCGUGGUGGUGUAGAUCCAGGCGGCCAUUCCAUCUUCAAUGAGCUAAUCCUUCCUGAUGAGCCAACAGAUGGAACACGCUCGCUGCGAAAACGGAAAUCUUCACAUGAACACGAGCUGCGUCCCCCAUCGAGGCAAACACGAAAGAAGCGGCGGCCCUCUGAAGUGUCCAAAUCGGAAGCAGGUCCUUCGAUCGCUGCGUCCUCGCCCCGUGCGCCAGCAAGAGGUGCAGCGGCAGAUGAUGAUGAAAGCGAGGAUGGUGCGCAGCACAGUGGAUCGGACGAGGAAUCCCAAGUGCGAUCGACACGUGCACGCCGCGCCAUACCUAAGAGGAAUGACAAACGGCCACUCGUCUGGAUUGAAGAAUCUCAAGGUCUAAGCUUGAUAAUUGUCUUUCAUCUCACUAACGAGAAAGUUCAAAAAAUCGUCACGUCCAAACCGAAAAAGAGAGCCCCAACCCUUACAAUCGAACAGGAGCGUCAGGAGCGCCGACGAGAAAGGGAUAGGGAACGCCGAGAACGCAAUCGUCGAGCCGCACAGGCUGCUAGGGAGUCACCAGAGGUUACUCACUACCCUUCCAUCCAGCCAAUACACGCUGCACCGUUCCCAGGAUUCGUAGACAAAGAAGCAAACGAAAGCAAAAGCAAGCCCUACGGUGGCAUUCUCUCCGAAGCUGAUGCUGACACCUCGAAAACCUACCCAUCGCAAGCCGAUAGGAAGCGAUUCGAAGAUGCCCGUGUGAAGGCCGAAGAGGAGUGGACAGAGAAACAAGCUGCACUGUACGCCAAUCUGGAGCCUGCGAAGCUAAACAAGCAAGCAACGACCGCGAGCAAGAUCAAGUGCGUCAAUUUCGGUGGGUGGGAGAUCGACACCUGGCAUGCUGCACCUUAUCCAGAGGAAUACAGCAAGAACAGGGUGCUAUACAUUUGCGAGUUCUGUCUUAAGUACAUGAACUCUGACUAUGUGGCGUGGCGACACAAGCUCAAAUGCCCAGCCAAGCACCCUCCAGGCGACGAGAUUUAUCGCGACGGCAAGUACUCAUUCUUCGAAGUCGACGGCCGGAAGAACCCUGUCUACUGCCAGAACCUGUGUCUUCUCGCCAAGCUGUUCCUAGGUUCAAAGACGCUCUAUUACGAUGUGGAACCGUUUCUCUUCUACGUUAUGACUGAGAAUGAUAAUUAUGGAUGUCACUUCGUCGGUUACUUCUCCAAAGAGAAACGACCGAGUUCACUCAAUAACGUCUCCUGUAUCCUUGUACUCCCGAUUCACAUGCGCAAGGGUUAUGGACAGUAUUUGAUCGAGUUCUCAUACCUUUUAACGCGCGUCGAGAGGAAGACAGGAAGUCCGGAGAAGCCGCUCAGUGACAUGGGUCUUGUGAGUUACAGGAAGUACUGGCGCCUUGUGCUGUGUGAAGAACUACUCGAGCAGAAGGGACCCAUCAGCAUUGCGGCUAUAUCAGAACGUACGGGGAUGACAGCUGACGACAUCGUGUCUGCUCUCGAAGGGUUGCGUGCUCUUGUGCGUGACCCCGUCACGAAGAAAUACGCCCUGAGGCUCGACUUGAACUACUUCAAGCAAUACAUCGAGAAGUGCACCGCUGCGGGGAACCCAACAGUCAAAGCUGAAUGUCUCGUCUGGACGCCGUACGUCAUGGGUCGCCUGGGUCAAUAUGAAGACGGCCCAACAUUACACGCCGUCCAACAACGCGACGACAUCGAGGAUGAAGACAUCCCAGCCCAAACCCCAGAAGAAGGCGUCCAAAUAGCCGAAGCCGCAAAAGCCAACAACUCAACAAACAACUCCACGCCCGCCCUCGCAGACGACACCGAGCCCACACCCGACAUCCCCCAAGAAGACUCCAUAAACGGCUCCCCCGCCCCCGCCACCCCCCUCGCAAACGGCUCCACCAUCGCCCUAGCCGGCUCGCAAAUCGCACCGCCCACAGACCCCGCCAUCCCCCCAACACGCUAUGAGAUCUUCCCGCCCAUCCCCGGCCAACCCGCAGCAAAGCGCCGCCCAGGCCGCCCCUUCGGCGCCCGCCGCCGCACCAGCACCCCCAACCGCGCCCGCAACACAAACCUAACCAUGCACACAGCCCCCGUGCCUAAACUGCGCUUCUCGCCCAGCAGGGCGCCCGCUACGCCGGGUACCGUCUCGUUGCGCCGCACGAGAAGCCGGCUUGGUGAGAGCGUGGUUAAUCUCAAUAAUGACGAGGCGGAGGAGGAUGGGCCCGGGAAGGUUGUUAAGCUUAAUGGUGGCCGGAGGAGUACGAGGAGCUCGACUACGUCGAUGGGGAGUCCGAGGAAUCGGCCUGAUGGGAAGGGGAAGGGGAAGGCGGUGCCGAUUGAUGAGGAGAUUGAGGAGGAGGGCGAUGGGGAUGUGGAUGCUGAGUAUGAUGAUGCGGAUGUGGAUGCGGAGGGGGAGAUGGACGUCGAUGCUGAGGGGGAUGUUGAUGGUGAUGGGGAUGGGGAUAUUGAUGCGGAGGGGGAGGAUGACGAUGAUGUCGUUAUGGCGGAUGCGUGAUGGUGGGUUGAUGUGUGUAUUUGUAUCCUGGAAUGGCGUUUGGGGAGUCGCUCAUCGAUCGAUUGGGCGGGAUAUGCGUUGGCUGGGUUCUUUCUUUUUUUUCAUUCUGCUGGUAUUGAUUGAUAUUGGUAAGGGUUUGGCGCGCGGAGAUACCUUGGGUUGGAUGAUAGGCAUGGCUUGGCUUGGAAUGGGGAGUUUGGG